AUGGCCGCCAGCAACGUGGCGGCAAAAAUGGAGGCACGGGACGGAGCGGAGAAUAAGGAUGACUUCCGAGUACCAUUAACGUCUAAAAAACAAGCUAUUGAACUGAUGAAUCAGUAUAAAGCGAUUAUAAACCAAGCGCUGGACGGACAAAGUGGAAUUCCUGAGAAAACCAAGCGGCUUUUACUUAAGAAGGCACUGGCGGACUUUGAGGCUGCCGUCACGGCCAACGUGUUGGUGAGAGGGCAGACGUGGGACCAAGCUCCGGAUGAUGACGACGAGGAGGAAGGCGAGUUGGUGAGCCUGGAGACGCGGAUGGACGACGCCGUCGUGGAGCUGAGCCACAAGCGCCGCGCGGCCCCUCCGCAGAUCCUCAAGUCGGCCGUGCGCGCCCUCAGAGCCCAGAGGGAACUUCAGGACUUUUCCAAGACGAGUGUCAAGUCUAAUCCAGUUGUCACCGACUUGCAGAUAGAGAACGCCAUGAAGGAUUUGGCAGAGCGAGCGUCCGGCCUGGCCAAUCAAAGAGCGCAACUCAUGGAGUCCCUGGACACGCUGCGGAAUCAGGCCCGAGGCUUACGGCUGGCGGCGGACUUUAAGCCCGGUCUGCCGGAGGUAGAUUGGGAAGAAGCUCCGCCCUCGCCGCGCCCCCGGCGGGAGGUCCGCGGCGACGCCUGUUGCGCGGCGUACGUGGGAAAGACCGAAUGGGAAUAG